GUCGGGUUUUUUUCGGGUGAUGAAGUCAAUUUAUUAAGAAAAAUGAAAAAUUUUGUGAAAGAAAGUCAAUUAUGGAUUUGUUUGUUUGUUCUAUUGACAAAAAAUGCUGUGGUCCAUCCAGUUAAAAUUCGAGCGCUACAUGUCCCGGAUACGGUAAUUCUUGAAAACCCGAAUGAACCACAUCCCCUGUACCUCGAUUGCGAUUACGAAAUCCAUCCAAAGGAAAAGGGCUUUGUAAUGAAAUGGUAUUUCAAUGAGCAACUUGUGUACCAGUGGAUUCCCGAUCGACAACCUUUGGCUCUGAAUAACUUUCGAAAUGUCAUCGAUGUGAAUACAACAAUAAAUCGGGGAAUUCUUAUACGAGAGAUAUCCUUCAAUAUUUCGGGAACGUACAAGUGUAAUGUACAAACUUUUGAAUCAGCAGACAGUAGGACGGCAGAUUUGCAGAUUGUAGUGCCGGAAGAGGCGUUGGAGCUGCAGCAUGUGACCAAAAAUGGCAUCGUUUAUACGAGAUGUGAUGUCACGAAUAUUUAUCCAGAACCGAAGCUGAGCAUUUUGUUUGGCGACAACAUUCUGUUGGAUGUCUCGAAGAAAGUUGUUGCCGGGGAAGAUGGACUGUUCAAUGCAACGAUGCUGGCGAGAGUGCAUAGUAGUCAGGCGAAUUAUGCGCCAGUUGUGCUCUCGUGUGUAUUGACGAUACCUAAUACGUCUUACAUGAGGAAGAAGGAGUCGAUUUUCUACGACACCGAGGACAUGACCCUGUACGAAAACAUCAUGGAAGAGUUUUACGGCUAUAAUAACGCAAGUCAUCCAUUCUCUGCCACACUUGCACUUCUGUCAACAUACAUCGUCGUCAUUAUUGCAUUUUUGGUAUAAACAGCUAUAAAUUAAUAAAAAAAUAUAUCAACAUGUGUCACAAGAUUAAAAUUCCGACUUUAUUCUUUUCCUCACCUACAUUUCAAAAAAACAGCAACUGUUCAACCACAAUGUACGCACUUUCUAAUUGCACCCAGAUAUGCAGAUACAAUCUACACCACCGAAAAAAUUACAUAAGAAUGCACCGCCAAGAUAGAUAGCCCCAAAUGAAAGAGAGACAUUAAAAAACGCAUAAAGUUAUGAGCAAGAAAAAAAGUAGGUAAACCAGAUGAAACCAGACCUAGUUACAGUUUUACAUGUGCGAUGCUGCCAUACGAACGUACGAACAAUGAAUGAAAUGAAAAUUUAUUUACAAAAAAAAAAUUCCGCAACUAGAAAUGGUGAGAGGAAAAAUAAAUAUAUUUAUUUAAUAAAAACCGAUUAUUACAUAAAUUGUAUAAAAAGGUUUCACACAUAUGGCGUGUGCGUGCGAUAUAAUCCACUAUGUCUAGGAUCAAAUUAAAAUUGCAUCUCAAGUGAAAUUAUUUAAUAAUAAUAAUAAUUUAUGCAAAAGAAAAAAAAUGUAAUCGAACAGUUUUCUUUUCGCAGCACAGAAAAAUGUUAAGCUGCAUGCCGAGCAGCAAUUUCAUUCAGUAAAAUGAGUGACAAAUGUGUGCUAGACA